CGGAACUUCCCGUUAGAACCGUGGCUCUUCUCUCCCGCGCCGAGCUUUUCUCUACUUUGCACGAUACAUCAUCAGGAAGAAAUUUUUUAAUUUUGUGCGCUGCUCUGUACUGUGAAUCCUUAGAGACAUUUUUUUUCGAAAGUGUUAAACAGUGCUACAGGCAUAUCACAUCAGCUUUGGAAAAAAGUGCGAAAGAUCGAGAUGAAGGAGAGAAAAGCGAAGAUGUUCGCGGUAGCACUUCUGCUGCUGGCUGCUGGCGGAAUUUGUGCGAUGGACAUACACGACGAGACAGAGGAGGAGUUGAAUCGAGCUUGGGAUUCGCAGAACGUGCAAGUGAACGUCGAAGAAGUACAAGGAGAGCUUAACGAGCUGCGGAAGCAAGAAGCUUUGGAGAAAUUGAAGGAGAUUCUGGGAAUACGAAUACGUGGCAAACUGAAGGAGGAGAGCCGAAAAAGCGUACCGCCGCAGUUUAUGAUGGAGCUCUACAAUACCGUGACCGAUGCGGAUGGCAAGACACGUGUAAAUAAUCCUUACAACGCCAAAGUCGUGCGUAGCUUUACCGAAAAAGAUAGCUCGACCUCCCAUUUUUACGUUUUUAAUGUAUCUGCUCUUGAGCCGAAUGAGUCAGUCCUGGAAGCCGAGCUGCAUUUAUACCGGAAACGCUCCUCUCCGAAGUCGAUGCAUCCUUCGGUUCUGUCAUCGCCGUAUUAUUUAAUCCGAGUUUACCAAGUUUUGCCAGACAGAAGUUUAGACGAACCCGAUCUUCAUAGACUGCUAAACGUCCAUUAUGUCGGUGCUUAUGCUUCAGGAUGGCAAAUAUUCAACGUGAAACAAGCGGUCCUCUCUUGGAUGUCCGGUUCGCCGAAUCUUGGCCUCCUCGUCACGGCGACGACAAUAUUCGGCGAUUUGGUAACAGUCGAGUUCUCACGCCGCGACGAUUAUCGCCACGACAAGCAGCCUAUUCUCGUUCUAUUCAACGACGAUGCCGAUACCAACGACUUCACCAUUCGUCCAUCGAAUACUUUGCAAAUGUACGACAAUGCUGAUGAGCUAGAUGAAAACGACGAGGAAGAACUGGUUAACGAAGAGGCUUUGCUGGAAAACGAGAUGACGGAGGAGGCUCGGAAAGUACGAAACAAGCGGCACGAGAGCUCAAGAAAAGGACAGCCAGAGGAGGUACCAGAUUUGGGCGAGGAUAACAGACCGGUGAUAUUUCAGAGGCAGAAGAAGGAUCGCAGGCAGAGACAGAGGGAUGAGAACGGUAUCGCGCUCCCACGAAGGAGGCAUGGUUUCGUAUCGAAGCGCAAGAGUCUCGAACAGACGCUCACCUCCAUGGACGUUUACUCUCGAGCCAUGCUGAGAGAACAGCUACAGCUUGAUUCUCGCAAGGAAUCGACCCACUCGACUCCGAAAAUUAGUCAGAAGAGAUCCGUAUCGCAUCAGUUUCGCGUGGAUGAGUCUAGGAUCAGGAGGGAUGCAGCGACCAUCGAAGCUGCGACCGAGUGCAAGAAAGUCGAAACGGAGCCCUGCGCAAAGCGCGAUCUCUAUGUGAAUUUCAAGGAUAUUGGGUUGACGUCGAUCAUUGCGCCUGAAGGUUACGCGGCAUAUCAGUGCCGAGGACAUUGUAAGUCACCCCUUAGUCAGGAGCAGAAGCCUACGAAUCAUGCGACGAUACAGGGAAUCAUGCACAAAAUGAAUGUAGCGCCUAAUCAAGAUGUCAAUAUGCCUUGCUGCGUUCCCGUAAAUUUGUCGAGUAUCUCGAUUCUCUACAACGAUGACGAACGAGACGGAGUUGUAUUGAAAAGUUACACGGACAUGGCAGUUGUAAGUUGUGGCUGUCGUUAGAGUCUGCUGUAUACCUAUUAAUGGGUUGCUUAUUUCGCAU